UCAGUCCAUUAACGUUUUCCAGCUCUUCUAGAAGCAGAGCGUGCUGAUAUCAUAGAAGUCAGGGCAAACAUGGACAAUAUGGAGACAUGUUAAAUACAUCUAGGCGUGUAGCUAACAAGAGGGCGGUUUGACUUGCUAUUCAUUCAGCUCCACCAAUCAUUACUCUUAAGGGAGAUCGAUUCGUCCAGAAAAAUUGAGCAGCCAGCCCAAAGACGUAAACCAAGGAGGGUGCUCACGAUUCGUAUUAUCCACAGCCACAAGGAUUUUGAGCAAAGCUGGUCUUGAUCGAUCUGCAACAAUCAAGGUUGGUUAAGUUUGGAUUUGAAAUUACAUAGCUGCAAUAAUUUGCUCAUUUUGUUUUAAUUAUGGGGUCUGUGGCUCUAAAUUUUGUUGGAGGAAUCCCUUUUCAAGGGCUGUAUGAUGUUGUUAAGGUGGCCAUUCAUAAGAGUAGGAAGUUUAAAAUCCAUCUUUUAAAUCUCGAAUUCACGCUACGUUGUAUACAUUCACCGACUCUAGAAGAGAUACGAAAUAAUUACGUUCGUUUAAAUCUUCUAACCGAUACAGUAAUAGAUCUUAAACAAAAAGUGAUUGAGGGGAAAACGCGUGUGGGUGAGUUAUCCGAGCUUAGCAUUUGGAACAUCCGCAUUUGGGGCAAUUGCUGCAACUGCAUAGGGCCUGAUUACGCAAAAGAACUUGAUGAAUUGGAUAGGUCUCUUUGGAGCCUGUUAGAAUUACUACAGUUGGAGCAAAUGAGGAAUAUGACCGAGCUCUUAUGUUUGGCAAGAGAGGCCAAAGACAGACAAGAUGGUUUGGAGAAAAAACAAGGUGAAGUGUUGACGGGGGUACAGGAAUUGGGGAAAAAAGUAGAUGAAUUAUUGGCUACAUUGAAGGAGCAGCAGGAUGCGAGACAGAGAAUUAUACCGAACAGCAUGCAACAAGCUCCAUCAUCAAGCGGAGGAGGGGCUACUAAUCUUGCUCUAGGAGUAGUAUUCCGAGAGUUGAUUGAUGCUAUUGCACAAGUGAAAGUUGAGAACAUGAUGUUUAAACGCCUCCUCAAUACAUUCAAAUCCACGCUAUAUUGCUUACAACCAUUGAUAGAAGAGAUAGCAGAACAUGGCAGGGUAGUGCAUCUUCCAAAGCAAGAAGUGGAAAAGCUUACUAUACAAAUAGAGAAUGGUGUACAUUAUGUUCUCAGGUCCAAGGUUCGUAAGAAUGCCAACUACAAAAAGUAUAAAUACACCAACAAAAUCCUCAGUUUGGAUGAAUCUCUUCAAAGGCUCUUCAUUGAACUGAAAGGGCAGGUAGAAAGGAAUGUGAAGGAGGCCAUGGAUUCUGCAAACAAAAUAGAGAUGGCGAUCAAGAAAAUUGAAGCUGAAGGUUUAUGUGACGUGCAGCUGCCUGAACUUCAUUCACAUGCAGUUGGGUUUGAUAUACUCAACAUGCAAGGAUUAAGAGAUGUGAUUGAGGAGACUUUGUUGGACUCGGCAAGUGUUAGAGAGGAGACUGAAGGUUCAUCUAACAUGCCGCCUGAACUUCCUUCACUUGCGGAUGGAGUAGAUGUACUGAAUAUGCAGGGAUCAUUGGAUCUUAGUACUACAAAUAUCCAGGUGGUGGUCACAGAAACAGAAGGAAUAGGGGUUGUUGAUGAUUCAACAAGGAAUGUACAGGAAACAGCGGAUCUACUAGAUGAAGAGCGUAGUGAAAGUGAACCUGCACCUCCUACUGUUGGGUUUGAUGCACCGGAUGUUCACGAAACAAGUGAAGAGCUGGUUACAUUGGAUAAGCAGAAUGAAUGUGGAAUUGCAACAGCUGAACUUCUAUCUUCAUCGCCUGCAGUUGGAUUGACAUCGGCUUCGACAACCAAUACAAAGGCGAGGCUCAAACAACAUACAGUAGAGGCCAAAGCAUCAGAGUUCUUAUACAAUGAGGAGUUGAGAAAAAGAAAAGAAAUUGAGGACACAGUAGCAAGAGAAAGAGAAGAACUUGAAAAGAUGAAGAAGCAACGAGAUGAAAUCAUGGAAGAAUUCAGGGCCGCCUUAGAACAAAGAUCACAACUCACCUUAGAACAAAGAUCACAACUCGCCUUAGAACAAAGAUCACAACUCGAGAGCCAAAUUGCAGAGUCUGAUCAGCUGGUUCAGAGCUUGGAGCAGAAGAUCAUAUCUGCUGUGGAUCUCUUACAAAAUUACAAAAGAGAACGGGAUGAGUUGCAUGUAGAACGUGACAAUGCUCUUAGAGAAGCAGAGGAGCUAAGGAAAAGACAAGGAGAGGCCUCAAGCACACAGAUGCCUCAGUUCUUCAAUGAUUUUUCAUUUCCCGAGAUUGAGGAAGCAACUCGACACUUUGACCCAUCACUUAAGAUUGGAGAAGGUGGAUAUGGAAGCAUUUUCAAAGGUUUCCUACGUCACACUGAGGUGGCUAUAAAAAUGCUAAAUGAUCAUAGUUUGCAAGGUCCCUCUGAAUUCCAGCAAGAGGUGGAAAUAUUAAGUAGGCUGAGGCAUACCAAUCUUGUCACCCUCAUUGGUGCCUGCCCAGAAGCUUGGACUCUUAUCUAUGAGUAUCUUGCAAAUGGAAGCCUUGAAGAUCGACUAAGUUGCAAGGACAAUACUCCCCCAUUAUCAUGGCAAGCUCGAAUACGCAUUGCUACUGAGUUGUGUUCUGUCCUAAUCUUUCUCCACUCCAGUAAACCACACAGCGUAGUACAUGGUGAUUUGAAACCCUCCAAUAUUCUCCUUGAUGCUAAUUUUGUUUGCAAACUUAGUGACUUUGGCAUCAGUCGGCUUUUGUCUCGAGGUCAAGAUUCAAGCAACAACACAACACUCUGUUGCUGGACUGGUCCAAAAGGUACUAUCGCUUACAUGGAUCCUGAGUUCCUUUCGUCGGGAGAGCUUACACCGAAGUCAGAUGUGUAUUCAUUUGGAAUUAUACUCUUACAAUUGUUAACCGGAAAACCAGCUUUGGGAAUAACAAAGGAAGUACAGUAUGCAUUAGAUUCUGGAAAGUUGGAAACCCUCUUGGAUCCUUUAGCAGGAGACUGGCCAUUUGUACAGGCUGAACAGUUGGCUCGCUUAGCAUUGAGGUGUUGUGAGAUGAGCCGGAAGUGCAGGGCAGACCUUGUGUCAGAUGUGUGGAGGGUACUUGAACCAAUGAGGGCUUCAUGUGGCUCCUUAUCAUCAUUCCGGCUGGGUACUGAAGAGCACUUCCAACCUCCCUCAUACUUCAUCUGUCCCAUUUUCGAGGAAGUCAUGCAAGAUCCACAUGUUGCAGCAGAUGGUUUCACUUAUGAAGCAGAGGCUCUGAGGGGAUGGCUGGACAGUGGUCAUGACACUUCACCUAUGACAAAUCUUAAGCUCGAACACAAGAAUCUCGUCCCCAACCACGCUCUUCGCUCUGCAAUUCAGGAGUGGCUGCAACAGCGCGCUUCAGAAAAGAAGGAUCCGGCUCUAGGGAUGGCAAAAAUCCCCAGCGGGGCGAAGCUUCAUUGGUUACCCGCCCCUAAUGGGGGGAGGAUUCGGGGACAAAUGGGGAAUGAGGAUGGGGAUCCCCAAUCCCCGCUAUCUAAGAGGAUGGGGAUGAAGAAUGACCCUAGGGAUGGGGAUGGUAUUGUGAUCCCGAUCCCCAACCCGCCCCAUUGUCAUCCCUAUCCGGCUCCUCUAAAGUGA